AUGCUCGCACUUGUUAUGAAGAAGAAGACAAUUAUCGAGAGGCAAGAGAAAAUGGAUGGAAUCAAGACCCUGACUCGUUAUUUCUAUGAGUUUUCCUCGAACUACCAUACGGAGUCUCGAGUAGCAAAACAAAAUGACAUCUUGCUAGAUAACCCAGCCAGUGCUGAAGCCCUUCUGUUUGGAAUCAUCGCACGGCCAUCAAACGUCCUGGCAAUGUGA